UUACCUACGAAAAGGGUAUCAUUUGUAGGAUUAUAAAGAUUCUGACAACUGAAAACAUAACUCCACCUGUCCUGACAGACACGCCUUCUAUUCAGACCUCACCUGCGUAAUUGUAACACAAUACUAUCAACCGUCAUACCUGACGUUGGACCUUAGCACUCACAAGCUAGAAAGGACUAUGAACUGUGGAGAGUCUCUAACAGAGUUGAAUUUCUAAAAGAUUAUAGUUUAUAAAAGAUUUGGAUCAAGAAUAAAGUGUCCCAGGAUGUGCUAUCCAUAAAGAUCCCUUACGUCGACUGUUUUAGCAUUUGACCAAAUUCAGCAGGAUGCCCCUAAGAACAACAUUACAAGGUAAGCCUCCUUCAGGGAGGUGGCCAAGGAGGUCGUCAAAGCGGAAAGUUCUGUCCGUCAACAUGAUCAGUCUUCCACUGGCAGAUUUCCGACACCUCACCCACGUUGACUCGGAUGCAAACAGGGACAGCUUUGGAGACCUCUCAUUCCUGAAGCAGGGACACAGGCUGCUGCAAAGUUCUCAGAGUGAGCAGAACCUGCUCCAGGCCUGUAUGCCUCCUCCAAAACCCCCUCGCCUCAACCUAAAUGAAGCAGAGCCAGGCCAAGAAAGUGAUGACUGGGAGUUCCACUACCAGCCUUCGACCGAACGACGUAAAAAAUGUAAUUCUCUGCCACUUCUGGACACCGAGGACGUGGAGGAAGAAGCUUACGAACUGAAUCAAGAAAAGACCUGUAUCAGUAAAAGCCCUGGCUGGGGAAGCCUCAGUUCAGGUAAAGAUUCAACACAGACUACCCCUGAGGAAUUCCAGCCAGACGAAUUUGACACAACUUUCACUUUUAAUCUAGACCUGGGGCCCUCUAUAUUGGAUGAUGUACUGCAGGUUAUGAACAAACUCCACCAGUAAAGGAAAAACUGUGCCAUGUGAUGCGUUAUGUAUUAAUGGAAACCCGAUGUGUAGACUUCCUGACCUUACUGGAAGAAUACCAGAUACUGACUGGUGAGGACAUCUAUAAUUUGGACAAUAAUAAACAAAGCUUGUUAUUCACGUUGUGGUUCAGAUAGAAUUUGACCACAGGCAGGAUAAUCGAGAUUAUUAACGAACAAAUGUUAAACAUAAUAAACAGGGGGCUGCUAACAUGAUGUAUAUGUUUUAAUAUUAAUAUUUCUGAUCUUUUUGCACUGAUAAGUAUCAAUCUUGUAAAAAAAAAAAUAAAAAAUACAUAGUUAAUAGUAUGAUUUUAAAAAAAACAACAACUUUGAUUUCAGGACAUUUAAUUUAAUGUAUAAUAUAAUAUAAUUGCUCUAGAAUACUGUUAUGCAUCAAGCAACUUAACACUUAUAUAUUCUAAUUAUUAUUAUAUAUAAAUAUUAUAUUACAAUUAUAAUAGGUAUAAAGCAUGAGACAUCCUCACUCUGUAUUUCCACAAUAAGACUGAACCAGUUUUAGGCAAGUUUUCCUCCAUAUCUUCAUUUGAUUAUCUAAGGUAAAAGACUUUACUAAAGAUCUUUAGCAAAUGUUGUUUGUGUUAUGAAACAAUAACAAAAUUAUGUAGGUUAUUGUGUUUCAGUGUUUUAGAGAUGUAGUCCUAGUAAUCCCACCAAAAACAAUAGCACAGACUGCACUAUAAUCUCUCAGCAAUGGGAAAUGGCAUCCAUGUGAUCCAGAAUUAAAGCUGUAUCACCUUAAACACAGCAGAAAUCUCAAGUGUUGUUAUUUCUUUUUAUGUAGUUUGCUCUUUUUGUGGCUAACACAUUUAACAAGUAGCCUGGAUAAACAAAAUGAAGUGCAACACUCCUCAUUUUCUUAGUUUGAUUGAUCCUGGGGGCAACAGUGCAACAAAACUGUUGGUCGGAUUGUACUUUCUGUCACAUCCAUAAAAUAUAUCAGUAACUCUAUCCUAACACUAGACAAGGUGCUUCAUUGUUGGAUGUUUGCUUCACCUGUACAGCUGGAGAUAUGGAAAUGAGAUAAACCACUUUUAAUUGCUGUAAGCAUUAUUUUUUCUUAAGAACACUCUGAUCUUUACAUCCUGAUAUCACUCAUAAAAGUUUUAUAUUUGUUAACUCAAAUCUCUGUAUUAAUAAUUAAUAAAUGUCUCUGGGAAUCUGUGGUCUAUAAUUACAGAUUGUGUACACCGGCAGUACAUGCAGAGGCAGGCUACAAAUAGAUAGGAGUCACAGAGACGUUUAUUAAUAUACAGUUUUAAAUGAAUAAAUAUGAAAACCUAUCAAGAACCAUCAAAAUGUGAUGAUCUGCACUUCCUUUAAGAAAAAAAAAACCCUUACAGUAAAUACAGCGAUGUCUAUUUGUUCCUAAAAUAAAUUUCUACAAUGAUACUCCAGCUUCCUCAAUCAAAACCUUCACUUACAAUAGCUGAUAAACCGCAGUUGCGUACGAAUAUCUGUUAUUAGCGCAAAUUUUAGAAGCCCCCAUUCUCUCAAAAGCAGUGUGCUGGAGUCUAUUUGUGGCAUUAGUGACAAGUAUGGAGGAUUUCAAUGAAUUUCCAUUGGCCUGUUUUGUAUACGAGGGAAUUAGUGGUGAGGGGAAAAAAACUACUAAAGCUCCUUACAAAAUAGUAAAGAAGGAAAUAGUAGGGGUGUAAUGCCACCUCACUUUGUGUAUUUGUUUAGUGCUUCAAAUAUCUGUAGCUGUAGCCAGAUAUAAAGUUGUCUUUAAAUUUGCAUCAUUUUGUAUAAUGCUUCUGGAGGCACCAGAAAAUGGUAUAUUAUUUAAUGUGCUAAUUUUGUUAACAUUUAUAUGUUUAGAAAAAUUGCUCUUUUACUACUGACACAAAGCCUGUAACUCAAAAGUAUUAUUAUUAUUAUUAUUAUUAAUGGAUUCUAAGACAGUAUUGUACAGUAUUGUCCUUUAAUAGAUGCAGCAUGGUGAGGGACAGGUAACAUUGCCACCUCAGGUCUAGUUCACAUUAUCUGUGUGGAGUUUUACAUGUCCUUCCUGUGUUUCCUCCCUCUUCCCAAAAAUAUAUUAGAAGGUGGAUUGACUACCCUAUUAAAUAUGACAUAAAACACAAGAUGCCCUCAUUCUAUUUUACACAAUAAGACAGAAUCAGUUUUAGGCAUAUUUUCAAGUUUUCCCCGAUACCCUGAUUUGAUUAUCUGAGGUAAAAGACUAGCAAAUGUCGUGUGUUUUAUGAAACAAUAACACAAUUAUCCAGGUUUAACGUGUUUCAGUGUUUGAGAGACGUAGUCCCAGUAAUGACACCAAAGACAAUAGCACAGACUGCACUAUAAUCUCAUUAUUGUGGGUUGUGGAUGAGGUGGAUUGGCCGCCCUAGGUGAAAAUGAGUGUGCAAAUGUGGGUGUGCACGAUGUCAUGUGAUGAACCUGAGGUUAUUUAUAGAAGUUAGUAAGGACCACACAAUUGUUAUUUAGGCACACAAGGAUUAGGACAGUUCUAUAAAAUCUCAGUGAGCCUCAUUAUUGUCUUUUAGUAAAGUCGAAGUAUUCGCGUAAACUAAUCCAAACUGAUACAAACAUUUUGGACAUGCUGAUUUUAAAGCCACCAGCAAAUUACAGAGUAAGAGCAGGGCACAGCUCAUUUCUAUGUAGUGACUCCAUAAAAACUCUAUGAGACUCAUGUGCACCAGACAGCUUUGAGUACAGACUUGAGUGAAGACUGAAAAACAACAGUGGAAACUAUUUUGACUCCCUAAUAUGAUAAUGAACCUAUUUAAUAAUGCAAUAACAAUAAUAAUAAUAAUGAGUAGGUGCUACAUUUUCAGUCAGCUGAGGCAUUUGUUUAGGGUGUAUGGCUACGUGCAGGCAGACCAGCCCAUCCUCUGCUUAGCCAGUGCUGUUUCUGUUGUGAUAGCUGAAUGAUUAUGAUGAAACUAAUAAUUACUAGUUUUAUUAUCAUAAAAAGAGGGUUUGUGUUUGGCUCGCUUAAAUGAUCGCUUACAUUUUUCAUAUUCUUUAAUAAAUGUGAUUAAUAUAGAAUGACUGGUUUUCACAAAAUGUUCUUGAUUUUUUGUCCCUGUCCUGGUGAGCUAGCAUGUGGAUGAGCUUUUGAUAGAGACUUCUUCAAGUCCUUCAGGAUAGAUGCAGUAAAGUAAUAAAAAUAAGCUAUUCAAACUUCCAUAUAUAAAAGUGCAGUAACGCAUGCUAAUUUUCUUAUUUAAUGCCGAUCAAGUCAAUGUUUACAUUAGUUAGUCUUCUUAUGAGUAAAUUUACACAGAGUCAGGAGCACGAGAAGGAUAUGGACGUGUUUUUGAUUUCAGGAGAUUUUCAUGAAUAACAAAUUUGCCGUGUAAACAUUCACUAACGAUGUACAAAUAAAUCUGUUCUUAUCCAGCUUGAUAAAUGAGGCCCAUUAUUGGUAUUUAUCACACUGUAGUAUAAAAUAUAAAAUAAAAUAAAACAUUUGAUGAGUAUUUUGAUGUAAUUGAGUUAGCUGUCUAAUCACACACUGUGACUAGUAAUUUCUCGCACAGAUUUACUAAAAAUCAAUUUCAAAUAAAAUCACCUUCCCUGUGUAUCACACCUAUGAGUGAUGUUAUUUAAUCAAAACCAAACAAAUAUACAACUGAGAUCAAACUGUUUAGAUUAACAAUGUACUGCAUGUUGUAUGGUACACUAGAUAACAAUAGUAAAAGGUUUUCUUGGUGGCAUGUAGGCAAUAAGUGUUAUUGUAAUUCAUUGUAACCACAGGAUAGAGAAGAAAGCACUUCAUAUAAGAGGAAGUGUUCCUCUUAUUCCCUUUUGUAAGGUUUAAGGUUGAUGCGCUAUGCUUAGAAUGACAUCUUGGCUUAUUAAUAAAGGACUCAGAACCCAUAAAUGUGCAUAAAGUGUAACUCAUUAUGCAUUUAUAGAGUUGUACUAAAUAUUGUAAAAGCUUAGAAUAUGGGAAUUGGCUCCAGAAAAAUCAGAUGUACCAAAGAAAUCACACCCAUAAAAUGCAACAGCACUUCAUAGACCAAAAUAACUUAAUUACUUAAAAAAAACCCUUCAUCUGAUUGUGAAUUUCGUAAAGUCCAAGUGCCCAAAAGUCUCACAUGCCUGAUGUAAGAAGAAAGGGACAGUCAUUAGAAGACAAAUUACCUUGGGGCUGCAGAACAAGCCAGACGUCUGCAAGAUACCCGAACAACAUCUGGUACCAUUUUCCUUUCCAAAUUCCAGUCUGCUAUCACCCUGAAUACCAGAAACCUGCCAUCUCAGUGAAAAAAUAUACACUUCUUCCUUUGAAUCUGCACAAAACCUUGCCUAAAAUAUUGUUUUGAUAACCGAGACAUUCCUUUCCUUGUUGUAACUGCGGCUGGCAGCCUGAAACAAUGCUCCUGCAAGCAUGCAACAUCAUUUCACUGUUUUUUUCCCUCUGCGUAAAUAAUCCCUUCUGAACCUGUGACCAUUUAGCGAGAGGUAAGCUAUGACAAAAAUACGAUUCUGAUGUACUAACUACCAUGUUCCUGAUAAUGAAGAUAACACUAAUUUCAACAUAACGACAAUGAUCGCUACAUCAGACGAAAAACAAAAAAACACAGCCAUAAAUUACGUCUUUAACUCAUGCUAAUAUCAACGUCCGAGCUACUACACAAGAUGUUUCUCAGAAACCUGAUUCCUUUUAGAUGACUGUCUAGGAAACGUGGGCCUAACUAGUGCUGCCAAAACUUGUCCCAAAACGGACAAAUUUAUCAGCAGAAUAAUGUGCUUCUUUCAGUCAUGGCUUAUAGAUACAGCUGGAAAAAAGGAAAAGUCAGCAUAGUAGACACAUCUGGUUAAUGUUGUGUCUGGUGGG